AUGGCUGCGUCUCUCCGCGCGGCGGCGACCACGAGGAUCCCGCGUCCGUCGGUGCUUCGAGGGCAGGGGCUUCGCCGGCUCGUCCACGCCGAGGAUCUUUCCAAAUCCAUCCUCCCCUUAGACAAGGAACAACGUGGUCCGCUAGUCCGGCGGAUGGGGGAGCUGAUGCGUUUGCAGGCUUCCAAAUUCACCCACGCCAUGAAGGAGGAACACCGUGCGGAGCUAGUCCAGCUGAAGAAGGAGCAAUUGUACGAAGUCAUUGCCCUUGUCGACGCCGAUUCUAAAACCUCCUUGCGGGACAAGAGUCUGCUCAAGGACCUCUCUACCCAAAUCGAGCCUAGACCACAUGACCCUCAAUGGCGGAAGAUAACCAGGAGCAAGAAGGUGACCAAGUGGACUGCUUUGGCGGGUAUUCUUGCUAUUAAUGCUCUCGGUUAUUGUGCCCUGCCUUCCGGUCCUGAAAUAGUGAAGUAUGACGGAUAUCUUGUAACCGUGGAGAGUCUUCCCUUGAUACGACAAUAUCAGCACGCUGCUGAGAGAGCGCGUAAGCAAGAUGGAUAUCAGCAUGUUGCUACUUCUGUGGGACUGGACAAGCAAGAGGAGAUGUGA